UGCGGGUAAAAGCGGUUAGAUUUGGAGGGAGAGACCAGAAAAGUGGCAAAGCAGAGUCAGUGGACGAGCUGUGGCCUGGGGGAGAGCGGAAGCGUGGGAAUGGCGAUUCCACUCCUCAGAACUCCGAUUCACCAGUCAAACCCUCUGCGACGCCGCUGCUUGCUUCCUAAUCCGAAUGCAUGCACUGCAACUGGAUAUUCAACUCCGAAGAAGAAGAAUAAGCAGUUGCUGGUUCCUGUUGCUGCUUCUUCAUCGGACCUCAAUUCCCUCCGUACUGACGCCGGCCGCCGGACCUGCGACGUUGGAAACAAUACCAGUAUCAGUAGCUUGGAGCCAAUACUUGCCAUCGGAGAUCCGCCAACUUUCGUCUCUGCGCCUGGCCGUCGAAUAGUCGCCGUUGGGGAUCUACAUGGAGACCUCGAUCAAACGAGAUGCGCCCUUCAGAUUGCCGGAGUGCUUAGUUCCGAUUGCAGCCGGGAUUCAUGGAUUGGUGGUGAAACGGUGUUGGUUCAGCUUGGGGAUGUACUAGAUAGAGGUCAAGAUGAGAUCGCGAUAUUAUCCCUAUUACGCUCGCUCGAUGUGCAAGCUAGGGCACAAGGUGGAGCUGUUUUCCAGAUCAAUGGCAAUCACGAGACAAUGAAUGUGGAAGGAGAUUUUAGAUAUGUGGACUCCGGGGCAUACGAUGAGUGUCUCGAUUUCCUGGCAUACUUGGAUGACGGAUUCAAAGACGAUUGGGAUGAAGGUUUUAUCGGCUGGGUUGGUGCAUCUGAGAAGAGGAGACAAGAGCAGAAAGCGUCAGCUGGCAGUCAUUGGGGUCAAUGGAAUUUACUCAAGAGACAGAAGGGGGUUGUUGCUAGAUCGAUCCUGUUGAGGCCUGGUGGACCGCUAGCGUGUGAACUUGCAAAGCAUGGCGUAUUGUUGAAGAUCAAUGAUUGGGUCUUCUGUCAUGGAGGCCUUCUUCCUCAUCAUGUCGCAUAUGGGGUGGAGAGAAUGAACCGGGAAGUGUCCCAAUGGAUGAGAGGCGUUAGCUAUGAUGAAGAUGAUCCGUCCAUCCCAAGCAUGCCUUUCGUUGCUACUCGAGGCUACGAUAGUGUGGUAUGGAAUCGCUUGUACUCGCGUGAUCCCUCCGCUGUAGAUGGCUAUCAGAUGAGCCAGGUGAGUGCACAGUCUACACAACUCCACCAUUUUCUCUACAUUAACUAAAAGAGUCGCAAUGUCUUGGUUUUUCAGGUACAGAUGAUUCUCGAGGACACAUUGCGAUCACUUGGUGCAAAGGGAAUUGUUGUAGGGCACACCCCUCAACCUGCUGGAGCAAACUGUGAAUAUAAUGGGAGCGUGUGGCGUGUCGAUGUUGGUAUGUCGAAAGGAGUUUUCAAUUCGAGUCCAGAGGUGCUUGAAAUAAGAGAGAGCGAGACGAGGGUUUUAAGGUGCAGAAAGGACAGUGUUGGUGAAGUUGAAGUUGCUAGUUACUUGUAAAAGAAGAAACAGCUGCGGCUGCGGCUGCGGCACUUGUGGUAUAUAUAAUGGUAUAGAUUAAUCCAUAGUUACAUAGCAGAGUACAUCAGAAUCAGAUUGUAAUUUUUCUCCACACAUUGUAUUUGAUCUCAUUACAUAAAGAAUCGAGCUCAGACGCGCUCAUAAUUCGUCCGAAGAUCAGGCGACAGUGAGAGGACCACUCUCACAGAGAGCGCAGAUUUCAUC